AUGGCUUCUGGAAGUGCACCAAUACCUCUUCCAAAUAACAUAAAUGUUCCAAAAAACGCCCCUGGAAAUAAGUCUGAUCCUGCAUGGAAACAUGCUUUACCAGUUCCAAACUCAAAAAAAUGGAAAUGUAAGUUUUGUAGGGAAGAUUUUAGUGGAGGAGUUUAUCGAAUCAAGCACCAUUUAGCUGGAACUAGUAAGGAUGUCAAACCAUGUAGAGCUGUUCCAGAUGAAGUUAAGAAGGAAAUAGUGACUGUUGUUGUGGAAUUGCAGACUAAGUUGAUUCAGAAAUCAAAUCUGUAUGAUAUUGAAGAGCCUACUAUUGUCGGAAAGAGAAAAAGUCAGGAAGAGAUUCUUAACACCUCAAAUAUGUUUAAGAAACGUGGAGUGGGAGUGACUUCUCAAGCCACUAUAAACAACAUAUGGAAAAAGGAAAUGAGAGAGGAUGCAUGUAAGGCCAUUGCUUUAUGUAUUUACAAUAAUGCUAUUCCAUUUAAUAUCAGUAAUAAUGAAGAAUGGAAGACAAUGUUUGAACUUGUUGCUAAACAUGGUCCAGGUUUUAAACCACCAUCCAAUUAUGAGGUUAGAGGGAAAUAUUUGAAUUUUCACAUGAAUAGGAUUAAUGAUGAAUUAGAUGAACACAGGGCUGUUUGGAAGAAGUUAGGUUGCACUAUAAUGACGGAUGGGUGGACUGAUAGGAGGAGAAGGACUAUACUAAAUUUUUUGGUGAAUAGUCCUAAAGGAACUGUUUUCUUGAAAUCUAUUGAUGCAUCAGAUAAAAGCAAGACUGCAGACAAGGUGUUUAAAAUGAUUGAUGAUGUUGUUGCGAAAGUUAGGGAAGAUAAUGUGGUCCAGGUUGUAACGGACAAUGCAGCGAAUUACAAAGCAGCCGGAGAUUUAUUGAUGCAAAAGAGGAAGCAAUUGUAUUGGACACCUUGUGCCGCACAUUGUACCGACUUAAUGUUAGAGGAUUUUGAGAAAAAGAUCACACUGCACAAAGAGACAAUUGCAUGCGGUAAGAAAAUCACAACCUUCAUUUAUGCAAGAACGAGCCUAAUUUCAUUAUUGCAUAAAUUUACUAUAGAAGGUGAUUUGAUUCGACCCGGCUUAACUCGCUUUGCCACUUCAUACUUAACCUUGGGAUGUUUGUAUGAAAAUAUGGCAUCACUAAAAAAUAUGUUUACAUCAAACGAGUGGAAGUCUAGUAAACUUGCAAAGAGUAAUGAUGGGAUCUUUGUGGAAGGUUUGGUUACUGAUAAGAAAUUUUGGAAAGAUGUUGUGUAUUGCAUAAGGGGUGCUUUUCCCUUAAUUAGGGUACUUUGCAUGGUGGAUUCAGAUGAGAAACCAGCCAUGGGUUUCAUUUAUGAAGAAAUGAACCGAGCAAAAGAGAAGAUUCGAUCAGACUUCAAAGGUGUUGGUAGCAGUUUUCUUAAUACUAUCUUGCAUUAUGCUCUGGAAUACGUCAUUGAUAAUGAAGUUGCGGAUGGAAUGUAUGAGUGUUUGAAUCGGAUGGUGCCGGACUUGGAAAAGCAUUCUAAGAUUGAUUACCAACUUGAAAGCUUCAAAGAAAAAGAUGGAAAAUUUGGUUGUGAUUUAGCUAUUCUAGCACUUAAAACCAAAACACCAACACAAUGGUGGGGGUCUUAUGGAAGUGCAUAUCCCGAAUUGCAAUGGUUUGCAAUGCGAGUGUUGAGUUUAACUUGUAGUUCAUCUGGAUGCGAAAGGAAUUGGAGUGUUUUUGAAAGGGUCCACACUAAAAAGAGGAUUCGUUUAAAGCAAAAAACUAUGAACGACGUAGUUUAUGUGAUGACUAAUUCAAAGUUGGGAAAAAAGAAGGAAGCUAGGAAAUCUUCGUAUAACUUUUAUGAAGAUAUUCCUUCUGAAGAUGAAUGGCAAGAGAAUAGAGAUGGUAAUGGUCAUAUACAUGAAGACAUCAUACUUAAUGAUGGAGAAGAUGUUAGUAGUGUUGGUGUUGUUGGUGAUGAUUUGGAUGUUCCUCCUAGUCCAAUUAAUGAUGAUCCAAUUGAUGAAGAAUUAGAAGCGAAUGAAGAUGAAGAACUAGAAGAAAAUGAAGAUGAAAAUGAGGAUGAAGACGACUAUCCAUAUAUGAGAUUUGAUGACAUUUGA